AUGAACUAGGCACAUAAACUUAUAUCUACCAACCUUUUGCUUUUAAUAAUAACAUCUAGCUCACUUAUGGAAAAGUUUAAAAAAUUAUUUUUGAUAAAAUAACAAAUCAGAAGAUUAUUUUAAUUUUUGAAUAAAACCUUUAAAUUUACUAAUUAUCAAAAAUUGAUAAGACUUUUAACUUAAGAUUUGAUAGCAAAAUUCAAAACUUUUUGUUAUUUGAAAGAAUACUUUAUGUAAUUUUAAGUAAUCAAAUAGUUGAAACUAACAUUGAUAAUUUUAAUGUUUUAAUUCAUAUCUACAACACUAAUUCUAUUAUGUUGGUUAAUUAAGAUAGUUUAGGAAUUGUUUUAAAAUAUACUUCCAAUGAUGAUUAAUCAUAAUAUUUGA